CCGCUGGUAGGAUAGGGCUGCAUACGAUGGUAGAUGACUACUAGUUAGGUAGCUAACUAGCUAGACCAUUUCUAGUUAACCGGCUAAAAGCAAGGGCUAUGUUAACCCAUCAGGCUAGCCAAUCAUGGGGUGUUGGAAAACUGCCAAUGUGACUAGCAAAAUACUUGGUUUGGUGUUUCACAUUGAUGUAUGAACCGAUAGUCAAAUAACUUCUCACGUUAGUUAAUUGAACUGACUAUGGUGAUUUAACUAGUACGCAAGGUAGCUAGCUAAUUUAGCAUGCUGCACAUUGACUACAGAGCGAGCAGCAUCACCUCACGUUGGCUUCAGCGAACGUUAAGCCAACUAACGUACUUUAGCCUCGAAUUAGCUAGCUAACGACCACUUACCAUCAUCUCCGUCACUGUGCCGUCUUCGAGACAUUUUAUUAUUGACACCGUUAGAUUAGUAACUGUAUGCUGCUUCUUAUUGAUUAUGGUAACAGUCUCUUUCGAGAUAAUGAGAUUAGUUAUCAAGCUUUGAGCUUUUCAAUAAUGGUCAGAUUCAAGUGAAGCACAUCCGGAGCGGAGGUUGACCGGACGUACUUGGUUGUGUACUUCAUUUGUCUUCCGACAUUCUUGUGUUUUGUUCCUUGUUUAUCAUCACUGGUGUGGCCUAGCUAGCAACUGUUACUUUUCAGCUAAUUUUUGUUGGUAAACUGAUUUCUAUGGCAAUUUGUAUUGCUUCGUUAAAUGACUGAAUUACUGACAUAGUUAAAGUAAAAUGGGGUAGCUAGCUAUCCACUGGUGUAGCUAAGUAGGCUGGCUAACGUUUCCUAGCAGAACCGGAAGAAAAUGCAGUCUUGACUUGAGUCUAGAAAAAGUCUAGCUGGUUAGUUUCUUGUCUUAGCAAACCAUCGACAUGACAACCGAUGAUGUUAUGGCUUGCGAUGAGUUAAUUAACAUAGAUGUUGUCACCAUUGCACCCCAUUGUUUUAAACAAGAGAAACCCCAACUUUCUGCAACUUUACGAAGGUACUACUCAUUAUGUAAGAGGAGGACAUUUGGUACAUUCGUGGCAUCCAAAAUAGCUUCAUGUCAUGAGGCAGAGUCUCCAACAACAGUUUGGAAUUGCUGUGGCCAGACCUUUAAGAAAGCUCCUUCUAUCCAUAAACAUGUGGCAAGGACUCAUGACACUGACAUUCAGAAGCUUACCAAGUCCACAUUUGAGAUUCUACUGAGCCUGAAUGAGAAAGAAGCUGCUUCACAACAACAAUCAACAGAGAAAGAGCCAGUUGACAUCUUCUCCUGGAUACCUGACACUAGUCACAUCACCGGUGACCAACUACACAAUGGCCCAGGUGAGGUUCUUCUGCUCUACUGCUACUGUCCGCUGGCAGAUCCACCGCUCAUCUGUGCUUGGCAGAAGACCCUUUGUGAAAAACUCCAGUUAACUGGCAAGGUGAGGGUGGCAACAGAGGGGAUAAAUGGAACAGUUGGAGGCACAAAAGUGGCGACGGACUUGUACAUCAAGGCAAUGUGCUCCCAUCCCAUCUUCAAGAUAAUGGAAAAAGAAGACUUUAAGACCAGUGAUGGGGGCGCAGAGUGUUUCUCUAACCUUCGAGUUGGAGUCUACAAGGAAAUAGUGCCAAUGGGAGUGGACCCAGAUGCCCUCUCCUACAGACUAGCAGGUGCUCACCUGGAACCUGAAGAAUUCCACAAAGAAGUGGAGGCUCUUUUGUCUAAAGGUGACUCUUGCAAUGAUACAAUACUGCUGGACUGCCGGAACUUCUAUGAGAGUAAAAUUGGGCAGUUCAGCCAAUGUUUGGCUCCCAACAUCCGAAAAUUCAGUUACUUCCCCGAUUACGUUGACCAGAACCUUGAUCUCUUUCGAGACAAGAAGGUCCUGAUGUACUGUACCGGCGGCAUUCGCUGUGAACGUGGCUCAGCCUAUCUCCGCUCAAAAGAUGUGUGUAAGGAUGUUUAUCAGCUGAAAGGUGGCAUUCAUAAGUACAUGGAACAAUUUCCUGAGGGCUUCUAUCGUGGCAAACUGUUUGUGUUUGACGAGCGCUAUGCCAUCUCCUCCAACAGUGACAUCAUCUCUGAGUGCAGAUACUGCGGCUCUCCGUGGGACCAGUACCAGCUGUGCUCCACCCACUUCUGCUGCCAGCUGGUCCUUUCCUGCUCUGCCUGCAGACAGGGGGGCCACACCGCCUGCUGUCCCACCUGCCAGACCAAGGGCCAGGGAGAAGAGCCCUCUGCCACACCUACACAGAGAGAGGAGUGUGAGUGCACAGAUGGGCGGCCCAGGAUCCCCCAGGAUGCAUUGUGAUGUUUUAAAACGUUCAACAGCGCUAAGCAGAGAACUUACCUGGAACUUUACCCUCAUGGUUUUGACAAUCUUGGUUCAACAGACCCAAAUGUGGUUGUGGUGACAAACCGCUAGUGUCUAUUUGUAUUAAAGGAAUCCUCAACAUCAGUUAUUUUAUGAGCUUGCCUUGAAUGGGUCUUGAAUGGCUGAAGUAAAAAAUGCACUAACAUUAGACACUAUAUAUUACAUGUGACAUGAUCAGAGGUGUCAUGUAUGUCGCCGAUAUCAUGACCUUGUAUAUUGUUCAAUAAAAACCUAUAUUUAGAGA